UCGUCCCGGCGGAGCAGAGCUCUGUCCGCCGCUGCAGCGCUCGUGACGCGGGCAGGAGGUAGCAGCCGGAUCCUUGUCAAAGCUUCUUGUGAUACGCAUGCGCACACGAGCGCCAAUCUGGACAGAAUACGAUAGGGAAUGCAGAUGCAGCUGCAGAUGAGAACACACACACAUUCACAGCCUGAGGGUUGUAAUGCUGAGCACAAUGAAGAGAUAAAAGAGAGAGGGAGAGACAAAGUGACGUGGAUGCGCGCGAGGACCGAUGAACCAACUCGUUUAAGAACACCUGGUUGCCAUGGCCACCGCCCUGUGCAACAACACGUCGACAACAUGGCUGACCGAGUGUUCCCGCGAUCAUGAACACGUCAAGUUCAGCGUCUACAAAUACGUGUAUCUGCUGGUGUUUCCCGUCGCCUUCCUCAUCAAUGCUGUGGUGCUGGUGGUGUUUUACCUGCAGAGCCGCCACAGAAGCUCCAACUUCUCCGUGGUGGUGAUGAACCUCGCUCUGUCAGACUGCAGCUUCUCGCUCACGCUGCCUCUGCGUUCGACGUAUUACUUCCAGGGAGCAGUGUGGAGUUUUCCUGACUGGCUGUGCCGAGUGUGUCAGUACUUCUUCUACGUCAACCUGUACACCAGCAUCCUAUUCCUCACUCUUCUGACUGUGCUCCGUUGGCUCGCCGUGGCCAAGCCCCACUAUCACCGCUCACAAGCCACGCCCACUCGGACCUUAUUGGUUUGCCUUGGGAUCUGGCUGUUUGUGGGCGGGUCCUCUGCUCCCUUCCUGUACAGUGGCGUGACAAUCAGAGAAAACCUGCCUCGCUGUUUUGAGCCGUCUUGUACGUCCAGCGUGCGACGUGUCCUGAUCAUGAACUACAUGGGGACGAUAGUGGGCUUCCUGCUGCCGUUCUUUAUCAUCAUCAUUUGUUACUGCAGCAUCAUACGACACCUGAUGGGCCAAUCCGGCCUGAGCAGAACCCCCAACACCUGCCAACGCAACAGACGCCACUCUGCGCACAUGAUUACCAUCGUGACAGCGACUUUCCUGCUCUGCUUCCUGCCCUAUCACGUGACCCGAGCAGUGCACCUGCACGCCACUUACAACCAGUGGGACUGCGGCGUCAGAGUUUGGAUGCAGCUGGCGGUGGUGGUGACGCUGUGUCUGGCGGCAUCGAACAGCGUCGUCAACCCGCUGCUGUACUACUACUCCACCAAGAUGUUCAGAAACAACGCGAUGUUUGCGCGUUUCUCGAUUUUGUCCAGCAGGAGGUUAGCGAUGAGAUCCAGGAAAACAGAGACAGAGGAAGUUCAUCAGCCGCCUCUGUAGCGGGGCCUUCGUUAGCACCGAGGAUCCUGAAUGUACUCAUGACUAUAGAUGUUAAAUUGUGUUUAUGUUUUUUGAAAUGCCAACUUCACGCUCUUAUACAAGCUAAUAUCUUCAAAAGAGACGUUUUCCCAAUAUUUUUGUUGGUUUUUAUCAGUUGAUAUAAGCUCAAAUGACUCAGGACUCAUCUUGUGCUCAGGAUGUUUCGUAAUAGUAGUGGGAAGUAAAAAUGUCCAAGUUCCAGUUGAAGGAACACCCCUUUGGAUUUCAAUGUACCAUUUGUAGUGCUUUCAGACAGACACGGUUCUGGUUCUGGCUCCGUUCUCGAGUCUCAGAACCAGCCCAGUUUAAGACCAAAGUAAGAGGAUGUUACUCAGCAUUACUCGGACUGAACACCUGCACUUUUUCCUCUAUACUUCCUCUAUACUUCCUCUACUUCCCCCUCGCAGCCCAGAAUAUGACACGCCCAUUGAUGAUGUCAUGGUUCACAAGGGAGAAGCAUUUUUUGGUCCACAGCCGAGAGUAACCUGUUUCCGGGGUUAAGCUUUGUCGUCACGCUAAACGCCAAUCAAUGUGGCGACAAGACCCUCCCUCUUCGCUCACUUUACGUUACACGCAAAUAUGCGCAAGCUACUAGCACGGAUAUUAUCAUGUUUUUGAAUUUGGUUGAAAAUGUGUGUUCAUAUUAAAUGUUAUGGUUUUUUUUUGUCAAGUCGAAAUGAAAUAUCUUUGUUUAAAGGUCC